UUCCCCGGGAAGUUCGGUCAGCGCCCGGUCCCCGUUCUCCACACUCUCCUCCCUGGCGGUCGCCGGCGCUGUCUAGAGCGGGCGGGGGACGACCCCGAGCCCGAGACGAGGCGGCAUCGCCCGGCGGGGCCGGCUCGGGGCGGGUGGGAGGGAAGAGGAGCCCGGGACGGCCCCUCCGCCCUAGGCAGCGGCUCCGAUGGGGCCCCGGCCCAGGGCUCUGCCCGCUCCGCAGCCGCCCCCGCUCACCCAAGGGACUGCCCGCGGGGCGGGGCUCUUCGCCCUCAGGGUCCGCGGGGCGCGGGAAAAAUCGGCCGCGGCUAAGGGAGGCGGGGGUGUGCUUUGGACGUGACUUCAGGGCAGUGCCAGAGCGCCCAAGCAAUUCCCAUCAUUAACCCGCGGCCUCCGCACCAAGCCCGCUCCGACCUGACUGCCCUUGCAAUAAAUUAUUUUAAUUUUCACUUUCAUUUUCCAAUUAUUCCUUUUCCCAAGUUUUCUUGGUCCCGAUACCGUGUGUAUGCCCUUCUUUGCAUGUCCAGUGAAGGGUAGCGGAGCUGGGGAAUGGUCUGGAGCAUGUUUGAUACGGAGCAGCUGAGGAAGCUGCGGGGACUCAGCCUGGAUAAAAGGAGGCUCAAGGGAGACCUGCUUGCUCUGCACAACUCCCUGACAGGAGGCUGCAAGCAAGGAUCAGAAUGCCCAGACAGGAGAGGCAGCUGCUGAUUGAUUUGAACACAAACUAUCCUGAUGUGUUGGUAGUUAUUGGGAAAACACUUUUGGGAAAGAGUUCCACAAAGAAGUCUAGCAAUCAGAAAACAGAAAAAGUCUUUUCCAUAGCAGUGUGUGCAUUGCUAAAUUCAGGAGGAGGAAUAUUAAGAAUGGAGAAUGAGGAAGGAAUUACUUUUUCUGGGAGAUUGCGCUGGCAGAAGGCCAGCAUAUCGGUUUAUCCUGUGACUUCCAGAGAAGUUCCUGAAUUCCUGAGGAAGAAAAACUGUGCCAAGUGCCACAAUGAGAAUGGACUGACCCCCAAGACAGCUCAGUUGAGUUUUGAUGGGGGAGCAAAAGAGACUCUUCUGAACAUCCAAGAGCACAACAUCCAAAAUGCUGUGGUGAGAUUUGUAAAGAAAGAUGAAGUGCUGGUUGGGAAGGUCCUGGGUUUCACAGAGGCAACACAUAUUGAAUUUAAGGAAUGCAGUACAAAGAGUAGCUUUAAUAUAUCAGAAAAAAACCUUCCUAAAUGCGUCUCUGCCUUUGCAAACACUGAGGGUGGAUAUUUAUUUUUUGGUGUGGAUGAAAACGGCAAAGUCACCGGGACCGACAGUAACAUAGAGAAAGUAGCCUUAGAACAAACAGUAGCUGAUGCCAUCGGCUCAAUGUGAACCCAUCGCUUCUGUGGCUCUGGGGCUGGUGUACAGAUCCAAAUGCACAUCUUGCGUGUUUAUGACCAAGCAGGCUGUUCACAGGGCUAUGCCUGUGCCAUGCACCUUGAGCCGUCCUGCUGCCCUGUGUUCGAUGAUGACCCUCAAUCCUGGAUGGUGCUGGGCACUGUCAGGAAGGAGAGUGUGGGGGACUGGGCACUGACCAAAAGACUGAGCAUCAGGAAAUGGAGGGAGUUCAUGACAGCUGCAGACCCAGAUAAGUAA